CUGAAGCUAAAGUGCUCCUGUUCUCGAGGCGAACGCAGCCUCGCGGUGUUCAAACCCGAGUCCCAAAGUAAACUCAAGACGGAUUCACGUGGACAAAAGCGGUCGAAACACAAAGGGGGCUGCUCGAGAAACAGGCUUUUAAGCCCCUUGUUUGUUGUAAAACAGAAUGAUUGGCUUCCAAAUGACCCUGGUGUUUAUAUGGUGUUUAUUCGCGUCUGCCGGAGCGCGGAGAGCGGGUACUGAAGACGGAGAGACUUCGGAGAAAAUCCACAGCGCGAGAUGCACCUCGCGCUGUCUUACGCUGCACAUGACGCAGCUCACCUCCUCUUUCAAGCAUCUCCAGAGCGACGGGGUCUUGGGCUGGUGCGAGAGCCACAGAAGAUGCUCCCAGUGUCUUCAGCCUUGCAAGGAAUUGUGGGAGCUAAGGAGAGUUGCAUCACAUAAAGCUUGUGAGAAGCAUCACGAGUGUGUGACCAGCGCGGAGUUCCUGACCUCGCUGCAGGCGCUGAAGCAGGGCGACUGUCCGCCGGCCCAGAAGGCCGCGGGGUUCGCGGCGGCUUGCGUGGAGAGCUGCAGUGCGGACCGCGAAUGCUCGGGCACCAAGAAGUGCUGCUCCAACGGCUGCGGGCACACGUGCCAGGCGCCCGCCAACCUCUACAAGGGUGUCCCCCUCAAGCCCAAGAAAGACAUGUCCUUUGUGGAGGACCUUUUGGGUCAGCUGGAGGUGACAUGGAUGUCCAAGUUCAACGUGUCAAUCGAGCCGGUGCUGUACGUCCUGCAGAGGAGGUGGAACUACGGAAUUCACCCCAGCGAGGAUGAGGCGUCAUCCUGGCAGACCAUUCUUAUGACCAUGGAGGACCGCGCUGUGCUGAAGGACGUGCGGCCCCACAGAUGGUACCAGUUCAGGGUGAGCGCGGUCAACAGCCAGGGCACCCGAGGGUUCACCACUCCCAGCAAGCACUUCUACUCUUCCAGAGACCCGUUCCCGCCGGAGGCCCCGCGGAACGUGCGGCGGGGGAACUUUUCGGUGGGGGCCGACGGGGGGGGCGUGACCGUCCCGCUCCGGUGGGACCCCCCCAGGGAGGGGGACCUGCCCGUCCACCACUACAAAAUCAGCUGGAGCGCGCGCGGCCCCCGCAGGACGGGACUGGACAGGAAGGAGAACUCCAAGGUCACGGAGGGGGUUGCCGGGGAGACGGAGCUGCAGGGGCUGAGGCCGGGCGUGGCGUACCUGGUGCAGGUGCAAGCGGUGGCCUACUGGGGUCAGAAACGACUGAAGAGCAGCAGAGCUCAGCUCAGCUUCACCACGGCAACCGCAGGGCCGCCUGGAGUGUCCGAUCCUGGCGCCGUCAUGGAGGUGGUGUCCAACGAGCUUCCCUCCUCCCGCCCCGCUCAACCCCCACUUCGGCUGGAGGCCGCCUCCCCCCACUUCCACAACAACCAGCUCCAGGUCAAGGUUUUCUGGAAGAAGCACCUUCAAGACACCCUGAAAGACUCUGCUGGGUACCUGCUGAGAUGGCGUCCUGUGGUCUGCGCCAACAAUGUCACAAAGACUGAGACAACAGCCACAGUGCAGGGAACCCACUUUGUCAUCACAGGGCUGCUGUUUGCCUGCAAGUACAGGGUUUCCGUAGCGCCCUUGGCAGGACAGGCUCGGGGGUCAGAGGUCGUGACAUCCGUGACGACCCCGCAGUGCUCCUCUCUGAAAGGCAGGGGGCUGAAGUCCGCAUCCUGCGCCCCAGAAGGGCGCCACCCGCUGGCCAGGAAGGCGCAACUGCGUCCGGAGAGGCUGACGGCGGCCUUUCGCACGGUGAACGGGACGCUGCGGGGGGAGUUCAGCUGGCAGGUGUCCCGGGUCAUCCCAGGACAGAGCCCCAUCGCCGGGUUCCAGUUCUCCUGGGCGCAGGUGUCCGGCGUUAGGGGCGUCGCCGCGGUCUCGGACACGCUCAUCUCCCAGACCCAGAUUCUGGCCCCGAACCAGCUUUCCCUCACAGUGGACCACCUGCAGCCAGAGAGCGUGUACAAGGUGCAGGUCCAGGCACUGACAGCAGGGGGCAGCGGUCCCUCGGUGGUCAGGACGCUGCACACGCCCCAGCUCAAUGGCACACUGCUAUGAGCUAAAGCAGUGCAUUUGCAUCUGUGUUUCGUCUGCAGCUACUCCCCACAAAACCCAUUUCAACAACAAGAUCUGUUUAAAAAAGGACUGUAAUUGAAACAAUGAUUGUAAUUAAGCCAAUGUGUAUCAUCUUACGAAUAUCAACAUUGCAUGAUAUUAAUGAACAAAUAAUAAUAUGUUUUAAAAUUAUAAAACAUAGUUUAUAAAUUCUGUCAAUUUAUUGUAUUUUAAAUAUUUUGAAAGUUUAAUUUUGUAUCACAUAGUCUUUUUUACAUCUGUAAAAAUAUAUAGCACUGUUGUAUGUAGUAGUAUCAUUAUAUGUUCUUUUGGUCAGUGUUAUAAGUGCAAAUGAGCUAUGCUUCAUUGAAAUAUGAAAUACAUUUUAUCAGUUUUCUUUAAAGAAUAUCCACCUAAAGCUAUUAUUUUCAUUACAAAUAUGAUCCUCUUUCUGUGUGUGUGUUUUUUAUUUUUGCUUUAUGAAGACACGACUCCAUAAAUUAUUUAAAAAUAAUUCAGACAGCCAGCAGCCAGUCCAGGACUGAGUUUGAAUUCACCUGUAAAAUGUUCCUUCCGUGCAUCUCCGCUGGUUUAUUUAUUGUGUUGUAAUUAAAACAUGUAAUAAAUGUGUAAUAAACGUACGGUGUUUCCACAUCACAGUGGGUAUGAGUGGAAGCAAGGUCUAGGACUGGGCAGAAGUGGGUGGGCUUUCUUUCAUAUUUCUGUGCAACACAGAACUAAACUGCAAGGAGGAGGGAAUCACAGACAAGUUCAUAACACUGGAUUGAAGCCGUGUGAGAUAUUGCACUCCAUGAAGUCAUACUCAACGCUGUGAUAAUGGUGACAAAAUAAAACUCUCUACAGUACAAUCAGUGAGUCUGACCGAGACCAGAACCAUCUGUUAAUUACCCAUUGCUUUGGCAAACCUGUGCAGAUUCAUUUGACAUGAAUUGUCUUCUUGUUCAUGUUUUUAUUGUAUAAUAGCAUUCUUUUUUGUAAAUAUUGUAUUUGCCUAUGUGUAUACUAUUGUGCAUCAUCAUUACUAUGAAUAAAGUCAAAAUAAACUGAAA